GGUAAUCGACCGCACCAUUGACAAGAAUUAAACUAAAACGUUUGAAAAAGUAAACAAAUUCAAUCAAAACAAAAUAAAUGGAAAAGAAAGAUAAUCCAACUUUAAACACGCCGGAAGUUUCAGCAACUGGCAUAGAAGAUGAAGCAGAUAAACGUGAUCAUAUAUCGAAAAAAAUGUGGCGAUUCAGCAAACAAAAUUAUGAGAAACUUUGCGAGCAAAUUGAAUUUUAUUUUUCACCGUCAAAUUUAGCAAAAGAUCGGUUCAUGUCAAAACUAAUUCAAGAUGAUCAAUAUAUCCCAUUAUCUGUCUUCAUGAGCUUCAACCGUAUCAAAAAUAUUCUUAACGGAGGAUCUGAGAAUAUUAUCAGAAAGGCUCUUAUUCGUUCAACUAUUUUAGAACUUUCCGAAGAUCAAACAAAAGUUCGUCGUAAGGAACCAGCCCCAGUCAAAUCUCAAGAAGAAACAGAUGAAUGCAGUCUUUAUGUGGAACAAAUUCCAAUCAACACAACACAUGAAUCAUUAAAAGUUAUUUUCUCGAGAUUCGGUAAAGUUAAUUAUGUCAGCUUACCUCGUUACAAGAAGUCUCGUCAUAUCAAGCAAUUUGGAUUUAUUGAAUUCGAUGAAAAAGAAAGUGUUGAGAAAGCUAUAAAUUGCUUUAAAAUGGUUGAUGGCGUUUUACAAUAUUCGAGCUUGAAAGCUGAAAAUCUUUUGAGUAUUGUAACACAUGACAAAGAAGCUCCACCUGAAGUUGAUGAAAGCUCUGAUAAAAAUAAAAGCGAUGAACCUCCAGAAAAGAAAUUAAAAUUAGAAACAGAAGAAAUUGUUGAAGUUAAAGUUGCUGAUGUAGAAGAAAAAAAGGAUUCGAAAGAUGUGAAUGAAAUAACAAAAACAGCUGAAGAAAUCAAAGACUCGUGUGAUGAUGAUGAGUCAGCAGCUGAAACUAGCGAAAAACCCACAGAUGACGAAACCAAAAAAGGGAAAAAGAAAAAUCGAAAACAUAAGAAAAAAUCUGGUCAGAAAUCAUUUUUCGAUGAACGAGCAAUGGCAUUAAAAGUUAUGCCAAAGAAGGAAUGGAAAAAGAUGCGAAAUGCUUACUUGAACCUUGAACGACAAAAGGCAAAAGAGAUUAAAAAGAUUCUUCGAGAGUCCUACAAUAAAAGAAACAACAAUAAAAUUCAGAAAAAUCAAAAAUUUUCACCAGCAAAUACAGCAUCGCCAAGAAUCAAUUUCUACGGUUCUCCGAAUGAUCGAGAGGAUCCCAUAGCUGCUGCUUUUGAACCAAAUAGCGAAGAAAAUCCUUCAACUGGUCUCACAUUCAUUCCUGGUGUUAUUGUCAACAUAAAGUUCCGCGAACCUUGCGUUGAUUUUAAAGAAUUGAAGAGGGAAUUCAAACAAUAUUCCUAUGUGACUUACGUGGAUGUUCUUGAAUGUGGAGCGCAAUGUUUCAUCAGAGUCGAAUCGCCAAAUUCAGCACACGAUCUUAUUAGUCAAUAUUCAAGUUGUGAAUAUGAAGCCGAAAUUCUCAAAGAUGAAGCUGAGAAAGAGUAUUGGAAGAAGAUAUUUGAAAAACGCGAUCAGAAGAAAAAUAAAGAUAACACGAAGAAACAUGAACCAGUGAAAAGAAGAAGAGGACGUGAAAAGUUGAUGGAUAAAGUCAACAAAGUAGCUCAACACAUUCGAUUCGAAGAAAAUGAAGAAGGUGCUGAAUAAGCCCGAGAUUUUAAUUUAAUUUUUAUUGCAAGCAAAGUGUUUAACAAUGAAUUUAAUUUAUAUCGAAAGAGGAUGAAUAAAUUUUCAAUUAAAA